GCCAGUUCAUUCACAACAUCUGAACUUAGAGAUAUCACAAAAAUGGAACGUAUAGGGGCACAUUCACAUAUUCGUGGACUUGGCCUUGAUGAUUCUUUAGUGCCUCGACAGGUAGCACAAGGAAUGGUGGGUCAAACUAAAGCUCGUAAAGCAGCUGGAGUGAUUUUGCAAAUGAUAAAAGAAGGAAAGAUUGCUGGCCGUGCAAUUUUAAUGGCUGGACCCCCUGGAACAGGAAAAACAGCUAUUGCAAUGGGCAUGGCACAAGCAUUAGGAAAAGAUAUUCCAUUUACAACACUUGCAGCUUCAGAAAUCUUCUCAUUAGAAAUGUCCAAGACAGAGGCACUUACACAAGCUUUUCGUCGUUCAAUUGCUGUGCGUAUAAAAGAAGAAACUGAAUUUAUAGAAGGUGAAGUUGUUGAAAUUCAAGUUGAUACUUCUAUCACAGGAGGAAUUAAGACUGGUAAACUCACAUUGAAGACAACAGACAUGGAAACUGUAUAUGAAUUGGGUCACAAGAUGAUAGAUUCAUUGAACAAGGAAAAAAAUUAUGGCAGGGUGCUUUUUAUUGAUGAAGUUCAUAUCCUUGAUAUUGAAUGUUUUUCAUUUUUAAAUCGUGCUCUUGAAGAUGAAAGAUCACCUAUUGUUAUUAUGGCUUCAAACCGUGGAAUUACAAGAAUUCGAGGUACAAAAUAUAAGAGUCCACAUGGAAUUCCAAUUGAUUUGUUGGAUCGAUUAUUAAUUAUCAGCACAGUACGAUAUGUUGAAGAAGAAAUUAAACAAAUUUUAAUUAUUCGUUGCCAGGAAGAAGAUGUAACAAUGGCUGAUGAAGCUUGUGAUGUUUUGACAAAAAUUGGUGUGGAGACUUCAUUAAGAUAUGCAAUUCAUUUGAUUGCAGCAGCACAUCUUGCUAGCAAUGUUGAAGUUUCAGAUAUAAGACGUGUCUAUAGCUUAUUUUUAGAUGAAAAACGAUCAGUAAACUACCUAAAAGAAUAUCAAGAACAGUAUAUGUUUAAUGAAAUACCAAUUGAAGAAAUGGAAGGAGUGGAAACAUCAGACCCACUACAAUUAAUAAAUUAG